AGCCGCCACGUUCCUCCGCCAAAAAGCGCCAUCGCGAUCUCUGUUAUAUGAAUGACAGUUAGUGUUCGCGUUGGGACAAAAUUGUCAUUUCAUAAUCCUAAUUGUUAAUACUAAUUAAUUUAGUUAAUUUAAUUUAUUAAUUUAUUAUUUGUUUGAGGAGAAUUUCAAUUUUGCAAUUGCGUUUGUCUGAAUUAUCUAUCCUUCGGUAGAGUCAUAUUCAGACACAAACGGAGAGGAGAGGAGAGUAGAGGAGAAGAGAAGAGAAGAGUUACUCAGAAUAAACAAGUUACAGACUUCCAUAUGUAAGACAGACAGUGAAGAUAGGAUUUAUUUGUGCUGUCAAAUUACCUCCUUUUGUGGUUUAUGAUUUUGUUGAGUCUUCACUAUGAGUGGUGUACCUAAGAGACCUCAUGAUGAGACUGUUCAUCAAUCUUCAAAGCACCCACAUGGACCUCUUCACUCAGUGUAUCGGAUGCCAUCAUCUUUCAAUGAUUUCCAUGCAGAUCAUGCCACUGGAACUGAGAAUAGGAUAGAAUCAAAGGAUCUAAAGGAUAGUAGAGAUCUCCGGUUUGAGAAUCGUGAUACAAAGGCAGAGAAGGAGUUGCCUGGUGAAGCAAGAAGGGAUUCUCAGAUUGCUAAGAGUGAGAAGGAUGUGCGUGUUGAAGGUAGAUCAGAUGACAACAAGGAUACUAGACAUGAUCAGGAUAUUUAUAAUGAUUCAACCAGUGACAUUAAAAAAGACAAGGAUGGCUUUGGUGUGGUAAGCAGCCACUUGAAUUGGAAAGAAUCAAAAGAAUACAGGGGGAAAAGAUAUCCUGAUGUUCCAAGUGGAAGUUUGGACCCUUGGCAUAUUUCACGGGGGAAUACACCAAUUGAAGUUGGGAAGCAGAGGAUGGACAGCUCGACAGCAGAAGAAAGGGACUAUUUGGAAGCUCAUGAGGCUGUUGGGGAAAACAAAAUUGACUCUAAAAGCGAAGAUAGAUUCAAAGACAGAAAGAGAAGGGAUGUAAAGCAUCGCGAGUUGGGGGACAAGGAAAAAGAAAGAAGUGAUCACAGAAAUAUUAUGCAGGUUAACAAUACUAGUGGUGAAAGCAAAGAACCCUCCAAAGAAGAGAGAGAUGUAGAAAAGUGGGACAAGGAGAGGAAAGAUCUUCCAAAAGAAAGAGAUAAUUCAAAAGAUAGAGAAAAAGAUAAUCUCAAAAGGGAAUCAUGGAAUGGAAUGGAGAAAGAAGUUUCAAAUAAUGAGAAGGAGCUUGGUGAUGGAUCCGCAAAAAUCACAGAGCAAGAACCAGAACAGAAGAAACUAAAAGAUGCUGACAGCUGGAAAAAUGUUGACAGAGAAGGUAGAGAGAGGAGGAAAGAAAGGGAUGGUGAUGUGGAGGGAGAUAGGCCUGAAAAGCGCAGUAAAUUUGACAAGCAAUCAGAAGAUGGGAGUGCUGAUGGGGAAGGGACAGGAGAUAAGGAGAGGGAAGUCCACAACUAUAAUGUUCAACAUCGUAAGAGGAUACAAAGAUCAAGGGGAAGCCCUCAGUUGGUCAAUCGCGAGCCUCGUUUUAGAUCCCAUGGCCAACAUGAUGACGAGUCUCAAGGUAAAACAGAAGUAACUUCUGUUGUUUAUAGAGCUGGUGAAAGCAUGCAAGAGCUGAUAAAGUUGUGGGAUGAUUAUGCAUCAUCUCAAUCUCAAGUGGAGAAAAAUGGUGAAUGCUCUAAUAGUGGCCCUACUCUUGAGAUCCGGAUACCAGCUGAGAAUGUUACUGCUACAAACCGCCAAGUCAGAGGUGGCCAGCUAUGGGGAACUGAUGUCUACACAUAUGACUCAGAUCUUGUUGCAGUUCUCAUGCAUACAGGUUACUGUCGCCCAACAGCUUCUCCGCCUCCAACGGCUAUACAAGAGUUGCGUGCAACCAUUCGUGUGCUACCAAGACAGGAUUGCUAUAUUUCUACCCUAAGAAACAAUGUACGUUCCCGUGCCUGGGGUGCUGCAACAAUUGGUUGUAGUUAUAAAGUUGAGCGGUGUUGCAUAGUGAAGAGAGGAGGUGGAACGAUUGAUCUUGAACCGUGCCUUACGCAUACAUCAACCAUCGAGCCAACCCUUGCACCAGCAGCUGUUGAGCGGACAAUGACCACCAGGGCUGCGGCUUCGAAUGCAUUGCGGCAGCAAAGAUUUGUUAGGGAAGUCACAAUACAGUACAACCUAUGCAAUGAACCUUGGAUUAAAUAUAGUAUAAGCAUUGUUGCUGACAAGGGUCUCAAAAAGGCACUUUAUACAUCUGCUCGGUUGAAGAAGGGGGAAGUUUUGUAUCUAGAGACGCACUCAUGCAGAUAUGAACUUGGUUUUGCCGGAGAGAAAAUGGUCAAGACUACACCCAGCAGUCAGUUGCAUAACCCAGAUGCAGAAAAAUCUCAAAAUCACCAUCAUUCUGCAAAUGGGGACAAAGCUGAUUCUGAUAGCAUCAUGAUUGAUGUGUUUCGCUGGUCUCGGUGUAAGAAGCCUUUACCCCAGAAAGUUAUGCGCACCAUUGGCAUCCCUCUGCCUCCUGAACAUAUAGAGGUACUGGAGGAGAACCUAGACUGGGAAGACGUACAAUGGUCGCAAACUGGUGUUUGGAUUGCUGGAAAGGAGUAUACACUAGCACGGGUCCAUUUCUUGUCAAUGAAUUAAUUAACCUCAGGUGGAAAAGUGGUGUCAAAAUGGUGAGGGGUGAUAGAAUAGUCUUUUUUAUUUAUUUGGUGGGUGUGGGGAGAAGUAAUACGUCGACAUAACACUAACACUUGCAUGUAAUUAAGUUAUAAAAAGAAAAAGAACAAGACAGAUAUAGUCAGUUCAUGUAACUAGAACAUGUUUGUUUCCAAUAAAAAUGCUUUGCAUUGUUUAUUUUCGUA